AUGGUGUUAAACUUAUUGAGGAGAAAUAAGGCAGCUGAGCUACAACAGUUUUUGUCUUGGCACCUCCCAACAGCUGUACUCUUUUUACCAAUUCCAAGUUGGGAGCCGUUUGUGAAUCGGCCUUUUCAUAUGCUUACUCCAUAUGGCGAGGAGUAUUUUCCCAUUCAUUUCUCAUGUUGGGAGAAUCAGUUAGAGCUAAUCAAGGUCAUGGCUAAGGCAGAUCCUAAUGUUCUCAAGCAAACUUCUAGUAAAAAACAUGUGUCACCAUUUCUAUUGGCAAGUGCUGCCGGGAACGUAAGAGUUUUGGAAUUUCUAUAUGAAAUGGAUGCACAAUCGUUGCACAUGAAAGAUUUGGCAAACCAAACAGCACUACAUUAUGCUUGCACUGGAAAUAAUAUAUCAACUGUUGAAUGGCUGAUACAAAAAGGAAUGACACUUGAUGAUCAAAACAAGUAUGGCUGGACAGCAUUACAUCUUGCCUGUAGCAGAGAUGAUGAUUCUACAAUCAAAUUGCUGAAAGAGAAAGGAUGUGACAUAAAUGUAAAAGAAGAGGUAGAGCUUGAUGCUCUUUUCAUUGCCACUGAAAAUUUAUUUUUGAAGGAAACAGCCAAACAGAUUGAGAAAUACGGCUAUCAGCAAAUCAGAUUCUGUCGUCUGCAAUCCUUCAGGGAAUUCCAUGGCGUCUACUCUAUUACUUAA